UUCCGCGGCUCCACUUCCUCCUCUUUCCUUUCUAACUCUUUCAUUCAUUACAUUCUCUCUGCACUCACUGUCACUCUUUGCCCUGUGUGCACCCCCCGACCCACAGAGGUCUGUUUGGAGGGAGAGAGAGAGAGAGAGGGGGAGAGAGGCAAGGCUUGUGUAAUCUUCUCUGCUCCACACAAGCACAUGAGAGCAGGCAGUGGAAGAAGUGGAGUUUUUUAAGCACUUUAUUGGACUAACUUACCUCGGAAAGCAAAGAAAAGAAGAAGAGAGGAGAUAGGACUUUGGACACGGGACUCACCAUGGCACACUGUCUGGUGCUGCUGGUGUCCCUGUUAAUGCUAUCCACGGGAAGUGAUGGUCGCAGGAUCAGGAAAAGAGGACUGAACCAUAAGGAUUAUGAGUACCCAAGCCAUCCCCAGUCCACACAGCACCAGAAGAAUGACCGGUGCCCGCCUCCCCCUCAGAGUCUCCCGGAGCGGGCAUGUGAGGUGCCAGGGUGCCGCUCAGACUCAGAGUGUGAGAGGCACAAGCGCUGCUGCUAUAAUGGCUGUAUUUACGCCUGUCUGGAGUCAGUACAACCACCACCAGUUUUGGACUGGCUAGUGCAGCCGAAGCCCAGGUGGUUGGGAGGUAAUGGCUGGCUGCUGGAUGGUCCAGAAGAGGUUCUACAAGCCGAGGCGUGCAGUACAACAGAGGAUGGAGACGAGCCCCUCCACUGUCCCACAGGCUACGAAUGUCACAUCAUUAACCCAGGAAACCCCGCGGCCGGCAUCCCCAACCGCGGACAGUGCAUCAAGCAGCGCAGCAACUCUGAUGGACGUGGUCUGAGGCACAAAUACUACAAGGACUACAAGGAUUACUUAGGAAGCAAUAACAACAAUGCAGUAGGCUACGAGAAACAUCACCACAAGCACCUGGGAUGAAGUGAAUUCAAUACAAUGUUCUAUGUGACCUCUUCAGUCUGGACACCAAUAUUAACGCCAUGGUCUGCAAAUAACUGUGCCGACAAGUACAGCUGCUACCUCCUCAUCAAACAUUCACAUCCAUAAACCAAAGACUAUUUUCUUGUUGGGGAUAAUAAUUUAAUGUAAUCUACACUCUACACUCUUUUAAAUUCACAAAUGGUUUCUCAUGAAAUGCUCUGAAAGGCUUGGUUGGCUUAUAUAACCUCUCCUGUACUUUUUUUCUGGUUCAAAUGGUGCUCAUACAUAUUUUUGCUUCUGUGAUAAUGUUAGAAUAAGCUGGUCAAUUAUACGAAGACUCAUAAGCUAAAAGCGGCUAGAACAGAUCUGGGUAAACUCAUUGUACUGACUGCUGCUUUUCUGGUGCUAAUAAUCACAAAUAAACUAAACUAUUUUAUGUCUGCUUUGAAA